GGAGCACCGCCGGUGGAAAAUUUCGUCGGCUCCAUCAAAACCUUUCAACACCUCUACAACGAUGAAGAGAGGUUCUCCCCAAGAAAGCGAUGAGUUUUUUCCUUUGCAGAGAGCCUGUGCUCAGACGUAUCCCACUUGUACGCUACUCAGCCCGUACAAAGAGAGAAAACAGGGUUAAAGUGCAACUGUUGAAGGACUUUGCACAAUAUGGUGCCAAAGGAGAGGUGAUCGAUGUGCUACCGGGUUUGAUGAGAAACAAGCUACACCCUAACAACGGUGCGUGCUAUAUCAUUCCGGAGCUGAACAUGGGCCCAAAGAUCCCAGUUGUGAAGAGGGAGGUUAGACUGCAACAACAAAGGGCCCAGCAAACCCAUGUGGAACAACAGGCUGCGCACAAGGAGAGACAGAAUGCUGUUGUGGACAUGUUGAAGAAGAACAAAGAGGUCAAGCCAGCAGUCGAGCCUGUUGCCAUUGAUGGGUUGCUCUUCGACUUGCCAGAGGAUGCUGUGGUCACUGGUGAUGUUGUGGCAUCCAAUGGGUACUCCAUGAUCACUCUAGAGCUCGGCUUAGAUACGCUUCGUUUCUCCAUUGUCGAUGGCCCGGUGUCAAAGACCGACAUCGUCAAGAGAAUCCAGGACAGCGUGGGAUUUGCCGUUCCUGAGAAGGACGUACAAGUAUCAUUCAAGGGAGAAGACGUUGAGUCCUUGUCAAGGGCUGGAGAGUAUCAAUUGGUGAUAAAGCAAGGAGGUUCUGAGAGUGUAGUGACAAAGAAGGUUCUCGUCAAGAAGGAUUGAUAUACAUAGAUGAGCUGUCUCUAAAACCAUGUACAUACUUUAGCAACAUAAUCGUUUAUACAAAGCAGUGGCGUUAUGAAUUAUUAUC